AUGCGACGACAUUAUCAUAACGUACCAGGGCUGCUGCCAAUACUAUCUCAUAGAACGACGCGAAUAGCUUGUUCUACCUUGAAAUAUGUGGCUUUGGGCGAGGAACGUCAGCAAGAAUUGACGGAAAUGGUGGCACGAGGAUUGGUCCCAGUAUUUUUCGGUGGAGAUGAUGGUAGGAUGGAUGGCACUGACAAUUUGCGCAACAUGUCUCUUUCCAAGAAUAAGACUAUUACAGCAGAAAAGGCCUUGAGGAGGGUGCUACGAGAAUACCAGAAAGAAGUCACACAGUGGAUGGAUAGCGGUAGUCCCAAUGCCGCUGAGGAAAGGCGUCAAACCCGAAAGUUUCUGUCUGAUCUUCUGCUCGGAACAUCCAUCAUGAGAAUACGGCAUUAUCAUACCCUGAUUGCAGUUCUUGACAAGCAAGAGAAUCUACGACAAGAUGACGAAGCUUCCAUAGUUCCUACCUAUGGACUCUCCCUUCGAGAUUUAGGUUCCAUCAAUGGGGUCGACAUCAGUACCUACAAGUACUCUCUGGUCAGAACUUCAAAAACACAUCCAAUAUCUUUGGUCGACGACGACGCCAAGAAGUUGGAUUUGUCACGAGUCAUGGCUCAUAUCCACCUACAAUACUUGCAAGAGCAAGGACAAGAUUCGUCUACGAUGGAAUUGAUCUUGUCAGACUUUUUGACUGUGGUGAAGGAUCCUGCACUUGGGAUCUCUGUGCGCUACAGUCUUCCUCUCUUCUUUGUAAAAUUAUUGAUUGAUCAAUAUGGACUGGAUCUGACAGAACAAAUGGCAAAAACGUUCAAUGCACCUGGGCCUAUUACGAUUCGUCGCAAUGCCAUUCGUUGUAGAUCUAACUCGGAACUACAAUCCCUCUUGUCCAAUCGCCACGGGAUUCGCAGCGCUCCCAUUGUGCCUGCUCAAUGGAAUUACCACCGCAACGGUACCGAUCCAACCGGAAAGACUUUCGACACUGCUCUAAUCUACUACCUAUCCGUAUCGACAGCUCUGAUGGAUUCUUUGUGGCACGAUGGACGAGAGUUGAAUGACCAAAAGUCCAAAUGGUUUCUGAUGACUUCAAACGCAAACUGGAUUGGACCACAGAUAGGAGUCGUCCACAAUAUCACUGAAACACUAGUCUUCGAACAGCACGAGCUUUCGUUAGUAUUUGGCUACUAG